AUGGCUUCUACAAUUUCCCAAACAGAGGAGGGAGUGUCUUUGAAACUUCUGGUGAAUAAAGACACUAACAAAGUCUUGUUUGCUGAGGCAGGAAAAGACUUCGUUGAUGUUCUGUUUAGCUUCUUAACAUUACCCUUAGGAACUAUUGCAAGGCUUGUAGAGAAGAAGUCUAGCAUGGGGUCAGUUUCGGUUGGAUGUUUGAACAAACUCUAUGGAAGUUUGAGAGAGUUUGACAAAGAAUAUAUGAGAAUGGAGACUACAAAAGAAAUGUUAAUGCAACCAAAAAACUCAUCAGAAAAUUAUUGCAGCAAUCUUAAGUUGAACAUUGAUGACACCCAACCCACCAAGUACUUCCUAUGUACCAAGCCUUACUCGUGUUCCUCUCGUUAUUUGAACAUUACCACAGAUAAGAAAUGUGGGUGUUCGUCUUACCACUAUAAUACCCGUUCAGUUUCUGUGAAAUAUUCCAGCAAUGGUUUUGUUAAGGAUGGUUCUAGUUUUGUUAUUACUGACAAUUUGGUUGUCAUGCCUAACUCUGUUCAGUUUACGAGCCUUGGUCUGCUUCAAAAUUUAGAAAUUAAUGGUGCCAGUUCAGUAAAGGAAUGGACAGUGACUGUCACUAAAGACAAGGUCGUAGAUAUGCUGAAGUGUUCUUUGCUUUCCAGCACUACUUUGACAGAUAUUUUUUUAAGAAAGAAACCAUCCUUGGAAAAUUACAAAUUUUUCUCUUACCAUCAGGAAAAUUGUUGUGAUAUUCAAAUAAUUGUGAAGCUAGUUGUAAGAAAAUCUAAUGGGAAGAUAUUGUAUGCUCAAGGGGAACAAGAUUUUGCCAACUUACUAUUGUCUUUUCUUUCAUAUCCUUUGGGAGGAGUUGUUGGUGUAUUGGGAGGUAACUGUUCUGUGAGCAAUAUUGAUUCUUUGUACAAGAGCAUAGUUGAUUUGGAUGAAACUAAAUAUUUAAUGUCAAAAGAAGCAAAAAAUAGACUUGUUGAUUCUCGAUUGUCUAAGGUGUUUCAAUCAGGUAAGCAGAUAUUACCCAUUGACAAUCCACCUGCCCAGUAUUAUUUUUUUUAUCAAGGUGCAAAUUACCAACAAAGUUUACGUGAGAAUAAAUAUUUCAUAAGUGAUGCAAAUAGAAGUGAUUGGGGUAAGUUUGAAGUACUUGAAGCUGAAUUACCAAAAGGAAGUAAUGAAGGAUAUGUGAAGGGACCAAGAGCGUACAUGGCUACAGAUGACUUGGUUUUGACACCGUGGUCUCCAAUUUCAGCUUUAUUGUUUAAUCAGUUGCAAAUUCCUCUCACUGAUCUCAAAGAAAUCCAUGUCACUAUUAGUGUCAAGGAGGGUUUAAGCAUAUUGAAAGCAUCACUGAUCUCAACAUCUGCUCUAACGAAUGGUCUUUCUCACCUGUUACCAAAAGUUAAAGAAGAGAAUGUCAAAGACAUGUUAAAUCUGGAAGUUAAGGAAGAGUCUAACAAAAACCCAGUGUUAAGGAGGAGAGUAUAG